AUGUCCCAGACCGAGAACAUCGAGAAGGCCGACUGCCCAGUCUACGGCAGCAGCGGAAAAUUGUCACGUGUCAGCGUCGACCAGACGGACGAGGCGAAGACCGUGCAGAAAUAUCUCGAGAAGCCUUCCUGCAAGCAUAGAUCGGACUGGCCGGCUGAACACAAUAGCACCACUCCGUACAGCGACAAGCAGCCCUACGCGCCGAUAGCCAGUGCGAUCGCCAUGACCACGGGCAAGAAAGACAUCUGGGGCAUGGAGCCCACUGAGGAGAAGAAGGACGCCCAUGAAGAGGGAAACGGAGCGGGAUAUGAUGAGUGA